AUUCAGUUCACUACAGCCCAUGCUCUGCUGGCUACGGGGACCCGGACACGCGCGAUUGCUCCGCGGCAAGGGCUGCGCGCGAGUGGAGGGGGAUAGGGCGGUCAAUUUGCUCAAAUAAAGUAGUGCCAAAGGAAAAAGGAUGAGCAUAGAAAAUGUGACCAAGGAAACAGUCCUUAUUACAGGAGGAGGUGGUUACUUUGGUUUCCGUUUAGGUUGUGCCCUAUACAAAAAGGGAGUUGACGUGAUUCUCUUUGAUGUCCUGAAGCCGGUCCAAGCUGUGCCAGAGGGAGUGAAGUUCAUACAGGGGGAUGUCUGCUGUCUCUCUGAAGUAGAAAAAGCUCUGAGAGAUGUAAUCUGUGUAUUCCAUAUUGCUUCCUAUGGAAUGUCUGGCAGGGAGCAGCUGAACCGAAAACUUAUAGAAGACGUUAAUGUGAGAGGAACAGAAAAUAUCAUCCAGGCUUGCAGGAAAGCAGGAGUGCCAAGUCUGGUUUAUACAAGUACAUACAAUGUAGUCUUUGGGGGCCAAGUUAUAGAAAAUGGGGAUGAAUCUCUGCCUUAUCUACCACUUCACCUUCAUCCUGAUCACUACUCCCGGACCAAGUCUUUAGCUGAGAUGAAGGUGCUGCAGGCAAAUGACACAGAGCUUGGAGAAGGGAAAGGUGUGUUAAGGACCUGUGCUCUCCGACCAGCAGGCAUCUAUGGGCCCAGAGAGCAAAGGCAUCUUCCAAGAAUAGUUAGCUACGUUGAAAGGGGAUUGUUUAAAUUUGUAUAUGGAGACCCUCUGAGUUUAGUGGAAUUUGUCCAUGUAGAUAACCUAGUUCAGGCUCAUAUCCUUGCUUCAGAGGCACUCAAAGCCACCAACCGGCACAUAGCUGCUGGCCAAGCUUACUUCAUUUCAGAUGGCAGGCCAAUAAACAACUUCGAAUUUUUCCGACCUUUAGUUGAAGGCUUGGGUUACCAAUUCCCAACCAUUCGUCUUCCUCUCUCCUUUGUAUAUUUUUCUGCAUUCCUAACUGAAAUGGUCCAUUUUCUUGUAGGCCGCCUUUAUAAUUUUCAGCCUCUUCUCACGCGCACUGAGGUUUACAAAACGGGCGUCACUCAUUAUUUCAGCAUGGAAAAGGCCAGGAAAGAGAUAGGGUACAAACCUGAGCAGUUUAGUCUGACUGAAGUAGUUGAGUGGUUUAAAUCCCAGGGACAUGGAAGAAAGCUCAGAAUCUAUACUGUAAAACAUCUGAUUAGGGAUGGAGGGUUAAUCUUGCUGUUGGCCGCAGUGGUGCUGUCAUGGCUUCCAGCAGCAGUAACACACUCUGUUUGAAAGAUGUUGAACAUUGAGCUUGGGCUCUUUUUAUAAGGUGAUAAAAUAUGCAAAGUACUUGAAAAUAAAAUUAGAUCCCACUGUGUUCUCUUUAAAAAGUGCAUACAUUAUCAGUGAUGAAAAUAACUUUGCCACUUUCAAAUGUUUUGGCAUUCCAGAACAAUAUCAUACCAAAAUAUUUUAGCAUUGGUAGGAAAUACGUUUGUUUUAUGUCUACUGAAGGGACUAUUCAGUUUAAAUGGAUUAACAGUAGAUGUGUUUUUAUGACAAAAUUGUGUAUAUACUUAUAAUAUAAUCCACUGUACAUUGAAGUGAAGCUGUACAUUGAAAUAAUGGCAUUGCAGGUUUCUAUAUGACCCUCAGUGCUUCCAUAUCAAAUGAGGUUUUCUUUCUAACUGAGCCCCUUACAUUCUUAACCUUCACGCUGAAUGUUAAGCUUCUUUCCUUCUUGCUUAUCAUCACAAGAAAUAAAGGUUCUGCAGGCCAAAUUGGGCCCCCAGAGACAUCUGCAAUCCCAUUGUAUUACGGUUAUGCCAUUAGUGCUUUCAGCAACUUGCACAGGUAUAACUGGUUGGAUGGUGAUGCAUAAGAAGAAGAAAAUCCAGCCCACAUUUUGAUUUGGAGCAAAGGACUGGAACAAUCCAUUUGUGUCAGCAGGGUAAACAGGUGUGAUCGGUGAAUAUACUAGUAGAAUGGAACUGCUGAUUACAAGCGUGACAUUUUUUGUGCACAGUCUCUUCUCAAAGUAGAACUGCACUUUCAUUUAGCAGAGAGUCACACACAGGAUGUGAAGUUCAAUAUGAUUGCAAAUGGCAUUUUGUUUUCAGUUAUAGCAGCAUGCUGCAAAGUGUAUAACCAAGAGUCGUAAUUUGGCCUUUUUUACACUGAGAGGAUUAUGCCCACGAUCCUUGCUGCUGAGCAGAUUCCUGUACCCCUGUCCAAAGGAAUUGUAUUCUGAAAAGUUCACACAUUGCCCACUCCUAGCCUUCAGUACACACAGACCUGACCAAAAAUGAGCCAGGAUCUAAGAUAGAGCUAAAGCUUCCUCAUGUUCAGGGGGUGGUAAAUUCACUCUAAUUCCAAUUCACAGAGGGAAAUUUUCCAUUAGGAUUAACAUCAGAAAGGCUGAGAUAUGCCCAAGUGGUUAAUCCCUGCACAUUAGUCAAUUUUGUCAUACUAGAUAAGAUCUAUUGUUUACCUUGUUUCAGUGUGACAAAGGCAGUCAUCUACCCUAAUAGCUCUUACUGUCAUAGGAAGCGUGAAUUAGGUAGCGUGACAGGAUCAUCAGCUACUCUGAUUAUUGGUGGAUUGUCUGAAAACAUGCUUGGGAAUAUAAACCAUCAGUUAGCGUCAAGAUCUUGCUUAAGAGUUUAUACCACGAGUUACUUUUGGUCAUCUCAUAAUGAUCUGGCACACGUGUUAAACAGAAAGGGAGCAUGUAGUAAAUCCAAUUUAUCGAGGAAAUUCAUUAGUUCUCAUCUUACAACUAGUCUUCAAGUUCUUCAGCUCUAAUAGAAGGUUUGAUGAUUUGCAAACUAACAUUGGUGCAGCCAUCUCUUCAGUCAGAGGCCAAAUUCAUCUCUGGUAUUGAAUUAAGUGGAGUGACAUUACAGAAGAAUUUGAUUCAGUGGGUGGAUUUGCUAUCAACCAAGCAGUAUGCUUACACAGGGGGGAAAAAAAUUAAAAACAGAACUAAAAGUUUUGGGGGUGCUUUUAUGGGUUAAACAUAUUAGAUGUGUAAUGUCUUAUUCUGGAACACACUUCUAUACAAUGGGCUAAUCUGUAGCAAUUACUAUUAGAAAAUGCUUUAAGAAGCUCACGGUUGUAGUUUUUUUUCCCAGCUAUAAAAAAUGCUUAUUUAAAAAUGAACCAGUUGGUUGAAGUGUUAAGUAGCUGAGGGCCUCAGUAUCAUUAAACAGUUAAACACCAUUCAAUCAGCUGCCUUCAGCUGACACGUGUUUUUGUAUUCCAUUGUUAUUCAAGCUUCUAAAUAAAAGCAUUACAAUCGUUUCCUUAACAGUAUCAGCCCUAAAGGGACUUCAGGUUUUUAUAUGAGGAGCUAUGAACAUUUUAUAUUAUAAACUUGGAAUUCCACUCAAAGCAGCACUUUUGAGUAGACUAUUUUUCAGUUUACUACACGGGGGAAAUACAUGUUUUCACAUCCAUAAUUUUACAAACAACAAUUUUGUUCCUGCCCUUUAUGUUGACAAGUCAAAUUCACACUUGGCUUUUUAAUCUAAAUUUUUCAAUAGUCUCAUUCUGAAGUUGGAGUUACCCUAGUUCUGAUGUUUAAAAGAAAUUCCCCAGCAAUUUAAGUUCUGUCAUCACCUGAUAGUCCUAUAUAAGCUCUGCAGUCUAGACUCACUCUGACUCUGAGGGGAAGGUGAGUGGCUAGCAUGAAUACACAGGGGCAACUCUUCAACAACACUUAUAGUCCAUAACUUUUCUUCAAGAGCCAGUGCUCCACCUAGGGGAUGGUGGCUGAAGAGUUCUUAGCUAAAUACGGGCUGUAGCACUGCUCUUCCAAACUGGGCAUCUAAGGAGCAGCAUGUGAUGAAAGUGUGCAUCAAACUUGAAGUUGCUGCUUUGCUUAUCUCCACUAAGGGGCACCUGCCUAAGCCAGGCCACUGAGGCCGUGAUAGCUCCCAUGGAAUGGGUGUUUAAACCAGGGGUACUGGUUUCCUAGCUAAGAUGGCAGCAGGGUUCUAUACAUCCUUCAUGGGUCAGAGUACAAAGGAAAAGGACAGCACUUCCUCUUUUUCUUAUGCCCCCCUUACAGAGCGAUUCUCUCUCUUCCUACUUUUACCUUCACUGGCAUCUGUAAGAACGUGCUGUGCCAAGACGGACAUUGACAGCAGAGGUUAGGUCUGGAAUUGGUGCAAGUGGUUACUGUGCCAAAUGAAGAAUAGGCACUGAGGAGAGUGCUUCCUGCAUUGUCACUAAGGCUAUUGUACUGCUUUGCUAUUCAUUGCCACUUUCAAUUUAACCAGUGCCAGGCAAUGCCAGAUAAGGGAUUCAUUCUUAGUGGAAGAUCAAGACGAUUCCAGUCUUUGGCCCACGUUAGAAGGCAGCACUGAGGCCAGAGCAGUGAAAUAAGUUGUGCCCUGUAUUUGAGGAUCUUGGCUCAGAGCCUCGGAGGCAGACAAUGAAAAUCUGUGUGUUUAUAAUGCCUCAACGACAACUUUGCUGGGAACCUCAGGGAGAUGUGCCAAUAUCUUGAGUGGAAAGAUUAACCAGUAACAUUAUUUUUAACGGGUGAAAAGGCCUGGAUGGCUGUCUGGAUAAAGAUUGUGUAUAGCACUGGACUGCUUGUAGCCAUUACUUAUAAGAGCAGGCCUGGAUCACUUCAACUAGAUUAUUUGCAAGAGUAACACCUCUGGGAUCAGGUCCAGACUCUUCCUCCAGGAUGAGCAGAACAAUGAGGAAGGUAGUCUUUUCAUGCAGUGAAACAAAAUGCACACAAACCAAAGCAAAAACCCCCCAAAGCUUAUGAUUUGCUCCAGGAGCCUAUCCUCAGUGCCUGACCAGCCUAUGGAGCUCAGCUGGAUACAGGAGAACUGCACAGAAGCAAGGAGGAGGAAUCAUUCUCUGCUUGCCUACAGAGCUGGUCCACAGCCACUACUCCCUUCUGUUCCCUGCAGGUGGAAGGACAUGUGGAUCCACAGAAUGGCAGAUCCUUUAGCUCCAGACCCUUUUCCUGACACAUCAUGCACAGGCAGAACACACCCUCUUCCCAGCCCCCCAAAAUAGCCUGCUCACCUACUCCCACAGCCAGUUAGUUGCAUGUGAGUAAUAUAAGGCUAAUGAUGCUGACCUCCCUUUGUACAGCACUUUGAGAUCUAUGGAUGAAACGCACUUACACGCUAGUCCAUACUAGAUCAGCAUUUGGUAUAGUCAGUAAUUCUGUCUUCCAGAUCUUCCUAGUAAAUAGAGCAAAGGACUGGUGAUAGAAAGGAGUGAGAGACCCUUUCACUUUUCAAAAUCAAAAUAGGAAACCUGUAACUUAUUAAGAAAAAUACUUUUAAACAUCCCCAAAAAGCAGCUGCAGAUGUUCCAUUUCAAAUGUUUUAUGAUGAUCCUUCAUCUAAGCCAGCGCCACAUUUUUUAUUUUCCUUGCGCACCUGGGUAGAGAUAAUUAAGGUAUUUUAACUCGCAUGCUGUGCAACAAUGUUUCCAAAAUGUAGUAAAUUAUUUGUGUUCCCGAAUGUGAAUUAAUCGGAAGUACAGCUAUACAUUGAAAAAGUAUCUAUUGAAAUUUUAGAAAAGAUGCCAUUAAAAUUUCUAGUCCUCAAACAAUGUCAACACUUGACGUGUGUCCCUCCUUUCCUUCUCAAAACAUCUUUAGAGAGAUGAAGCAGUGAGGCUGAUAUUUAUAAAUAAGAAACUAACACACUAGAGAUUCAUUGAGAAUUUAUGGCAGCUGUUUAUAACCUAUCACAAAAGUAACAGAUACCAAUGCAUGCACACACACAUACACACACACACACACACACACACACACACACACACACUUUUAAUGCACAUAUAUACUUAUUU